AUGCAGAAAUCAUAUGAGACUAAGCAGUACAAGAAAGGACUGAAGGCAGCUGAUGCCAUAUUAAAAAAGUUUCCUGAUCAUGGAGAGACUUUAUCGAUGAAAGGACUGACUCUAAACUGUAUGGACCGCAAAACUGAAGCAUAUGAGCUUGUUCGGCUUGGAGUGAAGAAUGAUAUCAAAAGUCAUGUUUGCUGGCACGUGCUUGGUCUUCUUUACCGGUCAGACAGAGAGUAUAGAGAGGCCAUCAAAUGCUAUCGAAAUGCCCUUCGAAUAGAUCCUGAUAACCUUGAAAUACUCAGAGACCUCUCACUCUUACAGGCACAAAUGCGUGACUUAUCCGGUUUUGUUGAGACCAGGCAACAGCUUUUGACUUUAAAGCCUAAUCACCGAAUGAACUGGAUCGGCUUUGCAGUCUCCCAGCAUUUAAACGCAAAUGCUUCGAAAGCUGUUGAAAUUUUGGAAGCUUAUGAAGGUACCUUAGAGGAUGAUUAUCCUCCUGAGAACGAGCUAAUCGAACAUACUGAAAUGAUUCUUUACAAGCUGCAGAAAAUCACAGCUGGAUUUUUCUUUCCUUCCAGGUUUCCUUGCUUGAGGAGAGUGGUUCNCCUUCGAAUAGAUCCUGAUAACCUUGAAAUACUCAGAGACCUCUCACUCUUACAGGCACAAAUGCGUGACUUAUCCGGUUUUGUUGAGACCAGGCAACAGCUUUUGACUUUAAAGCCUAAUCACCGAAUGAACUGGAUCGGCUUUGCAGUCUCCCAGCAUUUAAACGCAAAUGCUUCGAAAGCUGUUGAAAUUUUGGAAGCUUAUGAAGGUACCUUAGAGGAUGAUUAUCCUCCUGAGAACGAGCUAAUCGAACAUACUGAAAUGAUUCUUUACAAGGUUUCCUUGCUUGAGGAGAGUGGUUCUUUUGACAAAGCUCUUGAAGAGUUGCACAAAAAAGAGCCGAAAAUAGUUGAUAAAUUGUCUUACAAAGAACAAGAGGUAUCUCUUUUGUCAAAGCUUGGUCAUCUAGAAGAAGCCACUAAACUCUACAGGGUUUUGCUUUCCAUGAACCCUGACAAUUACAGAUAUUAUGAAGGCCUCCAAAAAUGCCUUGGAUUAUAUUCAGAAUGUGGUCAAUAUUCUUCCGACCAGAUUGAGAAGUUAAAUGCCUUGUACCAGUCUCUAAGUGAGCAGUACACUAGGUCAUCCGCUGUUAAGAGGAUACCACUGGAUUUUCUGCAAGAUGAAAACUUUAAGGAGGCCGUAGCAAACUACAUUAAACCUCUAUUGACAAAGGGUGUUCCUUCAUUAUUUUCUGAUCUGUCUUCUCUGUAUGACCACCCUCGCAAGCCUGAUAUAUUGGAGCAGUUAGUUGUUGAGAUGGAACAUUCGAUUAGGACUACCGGAAGUUACCCUGGAAGUGAUGUGAAAGAGCCUCCUUCCACACUAUUGUGGACAUUGUUUUUCUUGGCUCAGCAUUAUGACAAGCGUGGUCAAUAUGAUGUUGCAAUCUAUAAAAUUGACGAAGCCAUUGCUCAUACGCCGACAGUUAUUGAUCUGUACUCCGUUAAGAGCCGAAUAAUGAAGCAUGCAGGAGAUUUGACUGCCGCUGCUGCACUUGCCGAUGAAGCUAGAGGCAUGGACCUAGCAGAUCGCUAUAUAAACAGUGAAUGCGUUAAGCGUAUGUUGCAAGCUGAUCAGGUGCCUUUGGCUGAGAAAACUGCUGUUUUAUUUACAAAAGAGGGGGAUCAGCUCAACAAUCUUCAUGACAUGCAGUGCAUGUGGUAUGAUCUUGCAUCUGGGGAUAGUUACUUCCGCCAGGGUGAUCUUGGACGUGCUCUCAAGAAGUUUUUGGCUGUGGAGAAGCACUAUGCUGACAUUUCUGAAGAUCAAUUUGAUUUCCACUCAUAUUGCUUAAGAAAAAUGACGUUGCGUUCAUAUGUUGACAUGCUUAAAUUCCAAGACCGAUUACACUCAUUCCCAUAUUUCCACAAAGCAGCAAUCAGAGCAAUCAGGUGCUACCUGAAAUUGCAUGACUCUCCCAAGUCAACUGCUGAAGAAGAUGAAAUGUCAAAGUUGGCUCCUGCUCAAAAGAAGAAAAUCAAGAAGCAGAAAAAGGCAGAAGCCCGAGCUAAGAAAGAAGCUGAGAGUAAGAGUGAAGAAUCAACUGCCGGUGGUGCCUCUAAGUCUGGCAAACGAAAUGUGAAACCUGUAGAUCCAGAUCCUCAUGGACAGAAGUUAAUUCAGGUUGAAGAGCCAAUGGCAGAGGCUUCAAAGUACUUGAGACUACUCCAGACUCAUUCACCUAAUUCGUUGGAGACGCAUCUACUUUCCUUUGAGGUCAAUAUGAGAAAACAGAAGAUUAUACGUGCAUUCCAGGCGGUCAAGCAAUUGCUUAUAUUGGAUGCGGAGAACCCUGAUUCACAUCGUUCCUUGGUUAAAUUCUUUCUCAAGACAGGAUCGACAAGUGCUCCAACGACUGCAGCUGAGAAACUUCGUUGGAGUUUCCUAGAGGCGGAGCGGCCAUCAAUCAGUCAAUUGCAGAAUAAAUCACUAAUGGAGGCAAACAAAGAGUUUCUUGGUAGACACGAAGAUUCUUUGGUGCACAGAGCUGCAUACGCAGAAAUGCUGUACCUUUUAGAUCCAAGCAAGAAAACCGAGGCUAUCAAAAUAAUUGAAGACUCAACCAAUAAAGUGGUUCAAACAAAUGGAGCUCCAGGACCAGCAAGAGAAUGGAAACUCAAAGACUGUAUAGCCAUUCAUAAGCUCCUAGACACAGUUCUCCUCGACUCGGAAGCUGCCGCCAGAUGGAAAUCACGCUGCGCCGAGUAUUUUCCCUGUUCAACUCACUUUGAAGGCAAACGUAGCUCAGUGAUGCCUUAUUCAGUGUACAACUCAUCUCGUAAGAGCAAUGAGAAUGGUGACAUGCCAAACCAUCCAAUGGGUCAGACUGAGUUGAGCGACGGACAACUCUCAUUGAAGAAUCUCUCAAUCUCAACCUGAAGGACCUCUUAGUUAUCAAAUAAGAAGCAAAAGCAACCCAGGAGAUAAUUUACAAAAGAUGGAAUGAGAUCCAUUCUUUCAGACCCGAGAAUCAAACUUGAGAUUUAGUGAAUCUUUCGCAGAGGUGUGGAGUUUGUAACAUGCCAAAUGUGUAUAAUUGUUUUUCUAUACAAGGCUGGGUUUCAAAGUUUGAAGAACAAAUGCCACAAAGAGUCUUGUCUUCUUUUUCCGUUUUAUUUCCCUCUCGAGUCUCUACUACACUUUCUUUAAGAGGAUACUUCUAGCUUUUUUACUGUUGUACCCUUUUUAACCCUUUUUUUUUUGUUUUUCGGUUUCUCCGCAUUAUUUAAUUUCCCCACUACAAACAUCUGUUUAAGCUUCUUGACAUAUCUGAAAAUUUUUGAUUUGA